AUGAAGUUCCUUCAAUAUUUUCAGAUUGAACGUUUUUCUUUUUUUGUCGCCAUUUUCGCUUGUUUUCAUUACCAUUUUUUCUAUUAUUUUGCUCAUACUUUUUCUGACUUUUGCGUAUUUUUUCCUUCUUUCUUUUAUAAUAAUUUCGCUGAUUCUCAUUUAUCCUUUCUUUAUUUUGUUUUAGGUAAUUUCGAUAAUAUUCUUGCCUUUCUUUAAUUUUUAAUAAAUUUUUUUUAUUCUUUUCAUAGG